AUGCACGCUUUACGGCGCUCCUUACUCCAGCAAUGGCCCCGCUGCUCACAACUCACCUUCCUCCCCUUGGUCCACUCAGAUCUCAUUUCAACAUGGCCACCACUAAGACAGGGUCGGAAAAAACGCCUUGAACUGCUUUACCCUGAGCCUCCAACAACACACCACCACGACCUCGCGUCGUUUCUUUCGUACGCAGAACGCACCGGUCUCGACACGUUUUCGACUGUCUAUGUCGGAACCCACUAUGAGUACACGGUCUCCUUGACACUCUCCCAGUACGGCAUCCAGGCCGUCCGGGUCGGUGGAGCCUCGGACAACGGCAUAGACCUCCUCGGCACAUGGGGCAUUCCCUCUCGGACCAAACCUAUCAGAGUAAUCCUCCAAUGCAAAGGAGGCACUCAGCGUAUCGGCCCCUCGCUAGUCCGGGAGCUGGAGGGCUCCUUCAUCGGCGCUCCUGUCGGCUGGCGCGGCGAUGGCGUCAUCGCGUUCCUGGUCAGCGAGAAGACCGCGAGCAAGGGGGUUCGGGAGGCUUUGGGACGGAGCCGCUGGCCCAUGGGCUUUGUUUCGUGCUCCAGGGACGGUUUCGUGCAGCAAAUGCUUUGGAACCACCGGGCGGAGGAGGAGGGGCUAAGAGGUCUUGGGGUCACCAUGCGCCAUGCCGAAACUGGGGACGACAAGUCGCAGAUUGUCUUGACGUACAACGGCAAGCGAGUUGGCAGUGUUACCAAGACGGACGUGUCUAGGCUUUGA